GUGCAACUGCCCUAAACGUUAGUGGCACUGGAAGUCAAACAUCUUCGCCUUAACAACGGCUUCGUUGAUUGGGCAAUACGAAGAGAACGGACCAAUGAGGAACGGCGUUGUUUAGACAGGCACUGUGGUUCUGUUUGAGUUCGAGAGCUAGCAAACGUUAGCGUCUAAGUUGCGCUGUUUGUGUUGAGAAAAGAUGUCGUCGAAGCGGAGUAUUGGCAAUGCAGAGUACCUGAAGAAGAAAAUCCCCCAGAAUCCCAAAUAUCAAUAUGUAAAAUCAAGACUGGACACAGGUUUCAGCCUGACGAAGUACAUGGAGAGGCUGGAGGAGAUGAAGAAAAAUUACAGAUAUAAGAAAGACGAGCUGUUUAAGAGGCUCAAAGUGACCACGUUCGCUCAGCUGGUGCUCCAGGUAGCUUCAGUGUCAGACCUGAACGAGAGCAUGGCGGACGAGGAGCCCAGAUUUAAAGAUGUUUCAGAGUCAGGAGAUGGAGAGCGUCUAUCAGACCGCGCCGAGUCUUCGCCCCGCCCGAGUCCUCAACCUGACAAACUGAGUAACGGCAGCGAGGCGGGUGACACAGCGUUCUCACCCAGAUCUACGCUUCAGAGUGUGAUCAGUGGUGAAGGAGAGCUGGAUAUGAACAGGAACAUGUCGAGCAGCGUGCCUCUGACCCCACUGAGCGCUGCGUGUGCCACAGAUCGUCCCUACACAGACUGCCCCUACCUGCUGCUGGACGUCCGAGACCGAGAGCUUUACGAUCAGUGCCACAUCAUCAGCGCUCACAGUUUUCCCAUUGCCACCCUCUCUAGAACCAUUAACCCUUACACCAAGGAAGUUCUCAAUUACAGAAACGUUCAGGGAAAAAUCAUCAUCCUGUACGACGAGGACGAGCGGAUAGCCAGCCAGGCUGCCACGACCAUGUGCGAGAGAGGCUUCGAGAAUCUCUUCAUGCUCUCCGGAGGCUUGAAGGUGAUAGCGCAGAAGUUUCCGGAAGGAAUGACCACCGGCUCGUUUCCUGUCUCCUGUCUCCCUGCGCCAACUGGACCCUCGGGCCUGAAGCACACCAAGCACCGCCAGAUGCCACAGCCAGCAGAACACAAACAACGGUUCACCUCAGAAGACCUCAACAACAUCCAGCACAACCUGGACGAGGUGCUCGUACCCAGCGAGACCAGCAGUCGUCUGAGCAGCAGGGUGUCUAUUAGCAGCGCAAAUUCUCAAAUAUCCAGCGCUCGGAGCAGUCGACUGGGCUCGGGAAGUGCCAGGUCACAGAGCAGUCGGCCCUGGAAAUAACCCCUCACCCACUUUAUCAUCAUCACCAUUCACCCCGUCAUCAUCAUCAUCAUCAUCAUCAUCAUCCAGGAAGGUUUAUAACCCUGUCCAGUGAUGGGCCAUUAACAUACACCUAAAUAUCUAAAGAAUCAGCUGCAUUUGAAUCACAUGUAUUUUGUGUGUCAGAUUACCGCAGACACACACAUCAACACGUUGACCUGUUCUGUGAUCAGAAGAGAUCAGAAAGCGAAUCUUUUGAGUGAGUCGAUUCUUUUGUAUCAGCUCACCGAUAAGAAUCAAGUCUUUCAGCUUACUGCCUUUUUCUUUCUUUCACUUUGGACAAAAUUGUCGACAUUAUGACCAGAGAUUUCAUUCUGUCUAUGUCUAGUGUAUAGCUAAAGAAAGAAAGAAAGAAAGAAAGAAAGAAAGAAAG